AUGCGGCUGAUCAACGUUAAGACGGGGCAUAUGCAAGAGUUCUUUGAUGACGACAUACCCAACUAUGCCAUACUGUCUCACACCUGGGGGCCUGAAGAGGUGACGUUCCAGGAAUACGAGCAACAAGUGCCUUCACUACGGCAAAAGAAAGGAUAUUCCAAGAUCAGAGGCCUCUGCGCUGAGGCAGGGCAGAAACAACUGGACUUCGUCUGGAUUGACACCUGCUGUAUCGACAAGAAGAGUAGCUCCGAGCUCUCUGAAGCCAUCAACUCCAUGUUUCAAUGGUAUAAGGGCUCUCAGACAUGUUUCGUCUAUCUCGAAGAUGUGUCUGCGGAAGAUUUGCCUUCAGCCGCGGAUUCUUCAUUCAGGCGGAGUCGGUGGUUCACAAGAGGUUGGACGUUGCAAGAGUUACUUGCCCCGAAGCGUGUGCUAUUCUAUGAUUGCGACUGGAGAUUUAUUGGGAUUCGCAUGAACAUGCGAGAUUUGAUUGCAGAAAUCACGGGGAUCAAAGAGAGGUUUAUUGAGGACGCUAAAGGUGACUUCCAUGCUGGAGUUGCCGAGAAGCUAUGCUGGGCUUCGCACCGAAGAACUACAAGAAGAGAGGAUGAGGCAUAUUGCCUAAUGGGUCUUUUUGGAAUCAACAUGCCACUGCUAUAUGGCGAGGGCUCAAACGCAUGGCGACGACUACAGGAAGAGAUCAUAAAGGCGACCUCUGACCAGUCGAUACUUGCUUGGGGUUUGUCAACGCACCAUGUUCCUGCUUCGCGAACGAUAAACCGCGGAACGCUCUUAUCAAGCUCGGCACUCUGCUUUCAGGGAUGGGACGUCGAAGUGUGGUCUGGUGAAGCGAAACAUCAUUAUUUCAUGACGAAUUUGGGGCUUCAUAUCGGACUCAACGUUAUCGAAUUGGAGGUUCUGGGGUCAAAGAGUGUGAAUGUGAGUAAUGGCAUUGCACUAUUAGAGUGUAAAGUUAGUCCAUUCAGUCACGGCGAUGCAAAAAUCGCGCUGCCAAUAUCGUGGACUCGCUCACAAGAUGAGACUGAGGGUCUUCUCAUCGCGAGCCGCGCUGCAGGUAGCAACCCCUUUCUCGUACCGGCGAGCACCCAGGGCCAAGCUGUCAGGAAAAUGGCGUAUCUGACUUCCUAUCCCACCAACAUGUUAAUAGGAUACUUCCAGAAGAUUCACUGGAGCCAUAUGCAACGCUUGGGAUACCAAGUGACAGACUACUAUCCACCGCAAGCGUUUGAGUUAUGCCAAGGAGAUUCGUUCAAUUGGGCCUUCAACCCUAGCAUACCGCAAAGAAAUCGGGCAAUUAUCAAAUUUGUAACAGUAGAAGGAGAUGCCGUCUUGCUUCUACUAGUGCAAACGACUGCUGAUUCUCCCGGUGUCUCAGGCCCAGCGGGCGGGGAGCUCGGGACCGUACGGGCUGCGCGUUGA